GAAAAACGGGACCAUGAAAAACAAGGAGCAUGAGGGUCAUUUCGGCUUCAGAAUCGAUCACGUAGCCAGGGCAGUGGAAAACUCUACCUGGCUGCAGCCGAACUUAAUUCUCCUCAAGUAUGUACACGUCCGUCUGUCAGGAAAUGUGUUCCCUAUUGACUCUGCACCGCGCCAGUCUCGGGACAAAUGAUGCUGUCCAAAAAUAUCAUGUAGAUACUGCGGGGGACCGGAUAGACGCUCUGCUCACCGAACUGUUCAACCAGAUCAACGGAACCACUAUCAUUCUAUCAACGUUACUGCCUAACACGAAGCAACCUCGAAUAGCAGAACAAAUCAGCCGUCAGUAUCGCAAUGUCGCCGCACGUCGGCGAGCGCAGGGUGACCGGGUGGUCCUAGCCGAGAUGAGCUAUUUCAUCAAAUCAGACCAGCUGGCCGAUGGAACUCAUCCGACAGACUCUGGAUACAAAGAAAUGGCAUCAGUUUGGUGGGCUGCGAUACAGGAAGCGGAAAGGGAGGGGAUGCUGCAGGCGCCGAACAACAUUGGUGAAGUUGGCGUUUUGACGCAGGCAAAGGAGGCAAGUCUAGAUGACAGCAUCACCAAUCCGAACUUACCAGACUAUACCGCCCCAGCACAGCCUGUCGUAGCUGAUAACGCACGAUCAAUUCGCCCUUGUCGACUAUGCCUAGUGGCAGUGAUCCCAGCCGUCAUGUUUUUGCUUAAUUCAUGAAAUCCAUAAGAUGGAGAGCGUCAGUGAUUGAUCCCUACUAUCUACCGUCCGUUACGAGGUUGCAGAUAGAAGGCGUGAGGAGGCCGGAAUGAGGCGCGACCUGGGCAUAUCAUACUCCGCGUACAAGAGAAAGGACCUCAUCCUACUUAGGACACAGCAACUAAUGCAACAUGGUAUUAGCUAUA